UCUCUUUCAGAUUAUCUGUUUGGUUGGGGAGAAAACGGAGGGAAAUGUGCAGACCUACAGGAAAUGUUCACUCUGCUUCGUAAAGCCCCGCUAAAGAAAAUCCCAAGCCAAGCUCUAAAACCCAUUAUCUCUAUUCCAUGUCGCUCACUCUCCGCCAUGCCACCGGCGGAGGCGGCCCAAGUCUUCGCCAUGACCGAAAUCAUUCUAAAAGCCGCCCCAGAAGCUCUACCCGAAACCCUUCUCAACCCCACUUUGGAUUGGACCCCGGACCUGAUCGAUAAGAUCCUUAAGCGACUCUGGAACCAUGGACCCAAAGCCCUCCAGUUUUUCAGGGUCCUCGAUCACCACCCAAACUAUGCGCACUCCUCCUCUUCCUUCGACCACGCAAUUGACCUCGCCGCCCGUUUGCGGGACUAUAAGACUGUCUGGACCCUAGUCGCCCGCAUGCGCUCUCGCCGGCUCGGUCCCGGCCCCAAAACUUUUGCCAUUAUAGCCGAGAGGUACGCCGCUGCUGGUAAGCCUGAUAGAGCUGUUAAGGUCUUUUUGUCUAUGCACGAACACGGUUGUCCUCAAAAUUUGAAUUCAUUCAAUGCUUUUCUUGAUGUGUUAUGUAAGUCUAAUAGAGUAGAAAAGGCUUAUAAUUUGUUGAAAGUUUUCAGGACUAAGUUUAAGGUUGAUACCAUUAGUUAUAAUAUAAUUGCAAAUGGAUGGUGUUUGGUUAAGCGAACUCCCAAGGCAUUGGAGGUUUUGGAGGAGAUGGUGAAGAGGGGAUUAAACCCGACUUUGACUACGUAUAACGUAAUGCUUAAAGGGUAUCUUAGAGCUGGUCAGAUUAAGGAGGCUUGGGAUUUUUUUAUGGAAAUGAAGAGAAGGGAGUGCGAAAUUGAUGUUGUUACUUAUACUACUUUGGUUCAUGGUUUCGGUGUUGUUGGUGAGAUUGAGAAAGCUCUGAAAUUUUUUAACGAGAUGGUUGGGGAGGGUGUGCUUCCUUCAGUUGCCACUUACAAUGCUUUGAUUCAAGUUUUGUGUAAGAAAGAUAGUGUUGAGAAUGCAAUAGUUGUUUUUGAGGAGAUGGUGAAGAAGGGUUAUGUGCCUAAUUCUAUAACUUACACUGUGUUGAUUAGAGGACUUUGUCAUGCGGGUCAAAUGGAGAGGGCGAUGGAGUUUAUGGAUCGAAUGAAGGGUGAUGAUUGUGAGCCAAAUGUACAGAUAUACACCAUUGUGCUCCGUUACUUUUGCGAAGCUGGGGAGAUUGAAAAAGGGUUGAAUGUGUUUGGGAAGAUGAACAGCGCGAAUUGCUUGCCUAAUUUGGAUACCUACAAUGUUUUGAUUAGUGCAAUGUUUGUGAGGAAGAGAUCAGAAGAUUUGUUGAUUGCUGGGAAAUUGUUGGUUGAGAUGGUUGAGAGAGGGUUUCUACCCCGGAGGUUGACUUUUCAUCGAGUUUUGGAUGGACUUCUGUUAACGGGUAAUCAAGCUUUUGCAAGAGAAAUUUUGAGAUUACAGACCAAAUGUGGUCGCCUUCCCCGUCAAUUCAAAUUAUAAGGCUGUUUGAUAUUUCAAAUUAGCUCAUGAACUUUGUUUGGAGUAUGACUGGAAAUCAUUUAUUUGAUUGGGAAAAUUUCUCUUGGAAAAGGCAUUUCGUAUUGAAUUAAACCAUAAAAGCAAUGAUUUUAACAGAUGCUGAGAGAUUGGUUUUCUUCAUUUUUGGAGUAUUGAGUUGGUCAUCCCCUUCAAGUAGUUGGCAAAAAUACUAGCCACGGUUGCUUCGGCUAGCAGUCAACAAGUAGAACUGGCUAGUCUUGAAUCUUCCACUGGAAAUGAACUUGAAGUGUCAAAUUAACUUGAGUAAGUAUGCAUAUAUGCGCAACAGUUAGAUGAAGAAGAGUAAAUCAAUGGAAUUAUGUUGUAUGAAUGGUGUGUUUGGUCAAGAUCAGUAGAACAUAGUUAUAUGUUUAAUAUCUUAUGACUGAACUAAAUUAAAAUAAUAACAGUAAUUCAAGUUUAGAGAAAGAAACAAAUAUAAAUCUAUAAAUAUAUAUAUUAUUUAUAGUGUGUAUUUAAUUGUUUUUUUUUUUUGGCUUUAAUGAUUUUUUUUUACUUUAGUUUAACAUUACAAAUAU